AGAGAGGGGGUUGGGGUGGUGGUGGUUCUUCUUCACUCACUGCCAUCUAUUUGCCCCUUCGAAAAUAUUUCUUUACUUCCAUUAAUGCCGCGAAGAACACCUCGAUCUGGCAGCAUCUUUCUCUUCUCUCUCUUACUCUCUGUCUCCGCUUAUUUAAUUGAGUUCUUCCCAACUCAUUCACAAAGCUUGCUGUGUCAUCUUGAUAUAGAUUAGGCUAAACAAACAUCAACCAGUUUCAUUAAAGGUGAUCGAAGCCAUGCAAGACCACCCGAUUGGAAUUCCUGCUUGUUUCAUAUCUAGCGGUAACCAGGUAACUGAUGAUCCUGCCACGGUAACCAGGUCAGGUCAGAGCGUGUUCAUGUCUGUUUAUCGUACAAAAAUGAUGGAUCAGUGCCGUCUGAUCACCAUAACAUGGUGCAAGAAUUUGUUGCUUCAUGGCCUAUCAGUAUCAGUAGAAGGCCCUGAAGGAGAAAACCAGUACACCUGCAAAGUGGAGCUGAAGCCUUGGUACUUUUGGAGGAAACAAGGCUCGAAGCGCUUUAUAGUGGAUGGUAAAGCUAUAGAUAUCUUCUGGGAUCUCAAGGCUGCAAAAUUUAAUGGUGAAACUGAGCCCCAGUCUGAAUAUUAUGUUGCUGUCGUUUGCAAUGAAGAAGUUGUGCUACUUCUGGGUGAUCUAAAGAAAGAUGCAUACAGGAAAACUGGGUGUAGGCCUGCUCUCAUUGAACCCAUUUUGGUUUGGAGAAAGGAGCACAUAUUUGGCAAGAAAAAGUUUUCCACAAGGAUGAAGUUUCAUGAGAAGGGCAGGCUUCAUGAGAUCUCAAUAGAGUGCAAGAACGGAAGUCCGACUAAAAGCAAUUCUGCUAAUGGGGUUGAGCCAGAAUUGGAGAUAAGGAUUGAUGGGCAUUUAGCCAUUCAUGUGAAGCAUCUCCAAUGGAAGUUUAGAGGUGAAUAAUAGAGACGAAGAAGCAGCAGCAGCAGCAAGACUGUAAUGACCUCAAACGCCAUCCAAAAAGAAUAAGGUUGUAAAAAGGAAAUAUGAGGUGUUGGCGUUAUGGGCCAGGAUAUGGAUACAGAUUGGGGUGACUGGUGAGAGAGAGAGACAGUGGUGAUUGGGAUGAGAAAGGAAGUGGGACCCAGGAGAGAGGUUGGGAGUUAGUUACAGCUGGGGUUCAACAAGUGGACAUAACUGGACAAGACAGAUUGUAUCACAUACAGGACCAAUAAUGUCAUCUCCAUCUGUUUUGCACAAAAAUUUCUUAUUUAUUUUCUCUUCUCUUUCCUGAUCUGUCCUUGAAAUACGAGCAAUUUGCCUUUCACAUUACCUAAAUCUGUCAAUUAUAUGUACGCUCCCUAAAUAUUAUAUACAGCAAAAAAUCUUGACAAGGUGUUUUCAA